GCAUCUGGUACAUGUAGCUCGAAGCGAGAAAUCAUUGAAACUAAAUGAACCGAAAAACGCAUUCAAGAAAGAACUACAUACUAUGAGCUUUUGAUGGUUGAUUUUAUUCAGUCAGACAAAAAUUUCUAUACUAACGUUGAUCGUAUUGGGAGCUGUAUGUAAUCUUACAAAUGGAGCCCGUAUUCUCGGUUUAUUUCCUUUCACUGCAAGAAGUCACUUCAAUGUUAUGGAGCCAAUUGUUAAAGAAUUGGCAUCUAGAGGUCACCAGGUAACAGUUGUGUCAAACUUUCCACAAAAAAUUGAGCUACAAAACUACACAGAUAUUCCUGUUGAUCCUUUUGAUCAUUGGGCAGUACUAGGUACUGAUUCUUCAAACUCGGCCUACGACAUCACCGAUGUGAGUGCAAAGGAUUUAUUGGAUGUGGUCAUUAAAAUGGGAUUAGCGACCACUGAAAAUGGAUUACAAACAGAAGGGGUUAAAAAGUUGGUCCAUGCUGGGUCAGAAGUAAAGUUUGAUAUCAUUAUUGUUGAGGCAUUUUUUCAAGAAGCUUUUCUUAUGUUUGCUCAUAAGUUCAAAUGUCCAGUCGUUGCAGUAACAAGUUGCAUUCUACCUUUUUCGAUGAACGAAGCUCUUGGUAACAUUUCACCCUGGUCCCAUGUUCCAUAUGAUUAUUCUGAUAGUGAUGACAACAUGAAUUUUAGACAAAGAUUGACCAACAUCAUGGAUAUAAUGUAUGAUAAAAUUAUAAGAAGAUUCAAAUACUGGCCAAAGAUGCAAGCCAUAGCUGAAAAACAUUUUUCUCAUUUAGAAGGGCCUUUACCCGACGUACGUGAUUUGAUGAGUAAUAUAUCAGUAUUAUUAACUAAUAGUCAUGUUAGUUUAAAUAGACCAAGACCACUUUUACCAGGAAUAGUGGAGGUCGGUGGCCUUCAUAUUCGUCCAGCAAAACCACUGCCUCAGGAUAUUCAAAAAUUGCUGGAUAACAGUGAGAAUGGAGCAAUAUAUUUUAGUAUGGGAAGUAAUCUUAAAGGAAAUGACCUACCUGCAAAGGCCAGAAACGCACUUUUCAAAGCCUUAGGACGAUUACCUGUUUUAGUCCUAUGGAAAUGGGAAGGAAACCAGGAAGAGUUAGGCGAAGACAUUCCAAAAAAUGUUGUUGUUCGACCUUGGUGGCCACAGAGUGAUGUUCUCGCUCAUCCCAAAGUUCGUUUAUUCAUCACUCAUGGAGGUUUACUGUCCGUCCAGGAAUCAGUCCAUCGUGGUGUACCAAUGCUCGGUUUACCAAUUUAUGGAGAUCAAAAAUUGAACUCCAUGAGAGCUACUAGAGGAGGGUAUGGACUCACCAUACCGUUCAAUGAAUUAUCCGAAGAACGUGUGGAAUAUUCAGUUAGCCAACUACUAAAUGAUCCUAUGUACAGUGAAAAUGCAAAAAGUCUCUCAGCAAUAUUUCGCGAUAGAGUUCGAGAUCCUUUAGAGACAGCAAUAUAUUGGAUCGAGUAUGUUCUGCGGCAUAAAGGAGCAAAACAUUUGAGAUCUGCUGCCAUAGAUAUGUCUUGGAGUAGUUACUAUAUGUUGGACAUUAUUGGAGUUACAAUGUUAGCUUUGGCAGUUCCGUAUUAUAUUACGAAAAUGGUUCAUCGAAUUGUAAAGAAAGGUUCUAACAAAUAG